AUGGCCACUGUGCAGUUGUGGAGUUUUCGUGCCACCGUUGUCAUCGGUUUAUUGUUGUGCAUUUGGGAAGAUGCAUCUGCAGGUGUUUUGAGAACACAGGAGAACAUGUGCAGUCACACAAUGAAGACGUUAUAUGAUGAUGUGUUCUACAACGUACACACUGAGCCAGAACAUGAGAUCAAGAGGAGGAGUGUGGAUCAGCCUCUGAGGAUCCAUCUGCACUUCGACAAAAGUUUGGAGCAGCUGCCAAGGGAGCAUCAGGAACUUGUUGUGUCACAUGUGAAAACGGCAGUACUGUUCUGGGAGUCCACACUGAAAGUCCGUGGUACAAACGUCCCCAUCAAACUGCGACGCAAAUGUCUGACGAACCAGGUCAAGUUCAGAGGUCGCACUACCUACUGUAUGAAUGGGUGUCAAGAGAGGACUGUGUGCGGAGAUAUCACAAUACCACAGAAUCAUUUAGAGGGUUGUAUGUACUACAAUCAGAUUACGGGAGAGUAUGUUCAUGAUGCGACCAAUUCCACUGGUGUUGCUAGUGCAGACUUUAUUCUGUAUAUAGCCACAUUCUCCUCGAAGAAGUGCAGCCAAGGGCAGACAAUUGCUUAUGCAGCACACUGUCAGCAGGAACAAGCUUUAGACAGACCAGUCGCUGGAUAUUUCAGCAUCUGCCCCAACUCGAUAUCUUCCUCGCGGCAGAACCAGCAGCAACUUCUGUCCACCAUGAAACAUGAAAUCCUUCAUGCACUGGGUUUUACAGCAAGCCUAUAUGCUUUUUACCGAGAUGAGGAAGGAAACCCUCUCACCUCAAGAAACCCGGUUUCUGGCCGACCGGUUGAGUACAGGGAAGAUAUUGGGAUGCAUCAGUGGAGUACGGCAGUUGUCAGGAAGGUAGUCAGACCACUUUGGUUGCAGAAGUCGGGGGUGACAGAAAAGACACUGUUUAUGAUGGUGACACCUAGGGUCAAGGCUGAAGUCCAAAGGCACUUCAACUGUUCAUCACUAGAAGGUGCAGAACUGGAGGACCAGGGUAUUGAUGGCACAGUGCUUACUCAUUGGGAAAAAAGAGUAUUUGAGAAUGAAGCCAUGACGGGAACUUAUACACAGAACUCGGUUAUCUCCAGGAUAACCCUGGCAAUGCUGGAGGAUACGGGCUGGUACAAGGCCGACUAUAACAUGGCCGGAGACUACGAGUGGGGGCGUGACUUAGGGUGUGAGUUUGUCCUCAACAGCUGCUAUUACUGGAUCAGCACCAGGUUGGCCAG